AACCUGCGCCAUCUCCAGGAAAUCAAGAACCGAAUGAAAGCACGAGUCAGAGAAAUGAAAUCAGCUGUUUGUGACGUACGAGAUUAAACUUUUAAGAAGAGGUUAUCCGGUGAAAACAAGUGUUUUGAAGAUGACAGAACAUAAUUUUCCUCCGUUGCAAAAUGAUAGAAUUCUCAGAGCAGCAAAAGGCGAGGAAGUUGACAAAGCUCCAGUUUGGAUAAUGAGACAAGCUGGAAGAUACUUACCAGAAUUUCGAGAACUUAGGUCAAAACAUGACUUUUUUACCAUUUGCCAAACCCCAGCCUUAGCCUGUGAAAUCACACUUCAGCCAAUAAAAAGAUUUGAUUUAGAUGCCAGUAUCAUAUUUUCUGAUAUUUUAGUUGUUCCCCAAGUUAUGGGAUUGACAGUGGAAAUGAAACCUGGCGUAGGUCCCGUAUUACCUAAUCCACUUCUCGAUCCGUCACAUAUCUCGAGAUUGAUAACGCCAAACGUAGAGGCUGAUCUUGGAUAUGUUGGAGAAGCGAUUACACUAACUCGUCAGAAACUUAACGGAAAAGUACCUCUCAUUGGAUUUACUGGAGCUCCAUGGACCUUGAUGUGCUAUAUGAUUGAAGGAGGUGGGAGUUCCACUUUGUCAAAAUCUCGUCCUUGGCUCUAUAAAUAUCGGGAAGAUUCACACAAAUUAUUGCAGAUGAUCACAGACGUUAUUAUUGAUUACUUGGUGAUGCAGGUCAAAGCAGGUGCCCAGUUACUUCAAGUAUUCGAAAGCCACGGAGACUUCCUCAAUCUUGAACUCUUUGAGGAAUAUUCAUUCAAAUACCUCAAACAAAUUAGCGAGAAAGUUAAACAAAAACUGGAUGUUCAGAAUAUUCCAAGAGUUCCGAUGAUUGCAUUUCCCAAAGGAGCGACACUAGAUUCUUUGGAAUUAUUAGCCCAGGAUGAAAGUUACGAUGUCAUAGGUCUCGACUGGACAGUAAAUCCCCAGGAAGCAAGAAGUAGACUUGGUGAUAAAGUGACCUUGCAAGGAAACAUGGAUCCUUGUGCGAUGUUCGAUACACCGCAAAAUGUUCGAAAGCGCGCAGCCAAAAUCGUCGAAAACUUUGGUAAACGACGAUACAUUGCCAAUUUGGGUCACGGAAUUUUACCCGAGACUCCAGUAGCUUCUGUGGAAUCUUUCAUUGCAGGUGUCCAUAGCAUUUGAUUGUUGUUCACUAAGAAAUAUUAUUUAAAUGUAAAUCGACUUUAAUACAUUUAUAAUAAGAGAUCCGGUAAUAAAGACACUGUUUUGGGGUUUGUAAGUUUUUUAAAGUUA